AUGUACCCAAACGUUCGAGCGAUGGAGCAACGGACCAUUUUCGGUGCCUCUGCCUCCGGCACACCUUCCUUCAUCGCUAGUACAAGCCCUCUGACUCCUGGCCUUACCUACUCACCAACUUCGACAGAGCCUGCACCUGGUGAUAGGACGGUGCAAACGCCUUGCUUCCUGGAUGGCUCUACCCUUACAUUGAACUCCCAAUGCAACGCUUCGCCGAACGGGCCGGUUGUUUUUACCCCCUUCAUGAAUAGGAGUGCGAUGCACCCCUCCCAAGCACUCUCCAUAAUGGGCAUCCAAAAUCUCUGGCCUUUGGUAGAUGAAGCUGGGUUUACUUGCAAGCUCAAGAACUUUGUUCUGGAGCAUGGUUUCAUUAAAGAUCAUCAUCGUUCCCGUACAGUUAUCAUUGGAGUCGAUAUUAGCUCAUUCUUAGAUGGCUUCCGUGCGUCAGAUAGGGGUCCUCAUGCCAAUCGCCGCCUUCAUACAUCAGACUCGACCCUCACACAAUUCUUCAAGCUAUUAUGUGGUUUAUCCAAGGCCGGUGCACACUGCAUUUUUGUUUACGAUGGCAACGGGCGCCCACUCAUUAAACGUGGAACUCAAGUCAUAAUGCGUGAAUCAGACUACCAUAAGCAUUCGAGAAAGUUAAUAAAGUAUUUCGGCUACUACAGCCAUACUGCCCCGGGUGAAGCAGAAGCAGAGCUUGCAGAUAUGUAUAAACAGGGUAUCAUCGACAUUGUACUCUCUAAAGACAGUGAUGUUUUCCCCCUCGGGGUUGGAUCUAUCAUGAAACUCGUUGUUCCAAAGGAGCCGAAAAGCCUCUGGGGAGAUUUAGAUGUCCGUGUCUAUCACGCCGAAGCCACGGGCUACUCUCAGGGAAGUUUUGUUCUGAUUGCUUCAUUGCUUCGGAAUGAUUUUGGUAGCGGCGUUAACGGCAUAGGCCACCAAACUGCUCGUGGCCUUGCCCAGAGUGGUUUUGGGGAUGAUCUGCUUAAUGCCUACAAGCUGUUUGCAAGCAUGCCGCAGCAGUUAUCCCAAGCCUUCCGCAAGCUGAAUAGUGAUAUGGCGUAUGAAAUCCAAUAUAACACUCGAGGUAAAAUGGGCUGCUGCAGUCCUUCCCGAGCAGAUAUCCUCCGGGACUCUCAGUUUCCUACCUUUGAAGAUCUCGAUGUUAUGAACUCAUUUCUGGAGCCGUUGACAAGCUCUUCACCUGGGUUCACCUCUGUCCCAGUCUCUUUGAGUCUGCCCACACUCCCUGACAUCACUGGAAUCUCGGAAUUCUGUGCUGAGCACUUCGCCUGGUCUCCGAUACUCGCACUGAAGCAUUUUCACAAUCACCUCUGGCCUGGGAUUGUGAUUCGAAUGCUUUCCUCUAAAUACAUAGGCUAUAACGUAAAUAAAGCGGAAUUUCUAGUUCCCCGCUUGCAGAGUCAGCCUGAGACAGACAGCACAGGGAAACAUUAUAUGCCUACUCUAUCAACUACUGUCAUCAACAAUAAAGCAUUGAGCUUCCGAGCAACCAAUGUGAACGACAGCAUUUCCAUCACAUUCAAUACCGCCUUCUUCAUCCAGCUUACCGGUCUUCCACCCUCAACUGGACACUCGACUCGCAGAGUUGAUGUUCCGGUUCCCAUGCUUGCGGUGGCUACCAAGCAAACAGACAAGGUUGAUAAUUUGAGCGAAUUACUCGGUUCACGUCCAAAUUCUGAGAUAUCCACUCGGAUUCGGAUCCAACGCCGAAAUAAUCUGGGUCCAACUAAUGAAGCAUCGAGUAGUUCACGAUUGCAAGGCCAGGCCUCCAAAUCUGUCAACGGGAGUAGCAUUGUUGAGCUUUCCGAUAGUGAAGACGACCUUCACCUGUUUGAGAAAACGGAAACCGAAGGAGAUUUGCAAUGUUGCACAACCCUGACUGGAAAUGGUCUUUUUUAUCUGUCCUCUCAACUUCGUGAUUUUUCGGGCAGGGAAGAAAAGCUAGAAAGACAAGAUUCAGGUUAUGAAGACGAUUUCACUAUUCACAGUAGAGACGAUGCAGUGGCUUGA